ACAUGUUAUACACACAUAUAUAAUACAUGUUAUAAAAAAAAAAAAUAAGAAUUAAUCAAGCCACACGGAGAAAGUGUCUCUCUCCUUCUUCGAUUCCUCCAUUGUCGCGGCGCGAUUACGUACGGACAACAGUAGUAUUAGUACUACCUACUAUCGGUGCAUGCCACUCGGCUUUUUUUUUAUCUUUUCUACCUAGCACGCACGACUGUAAGGCAGGCGACAGCGACAGCAUCAGUAGUAACAGCGCAGUAGCAGCAGCCCCAAAUUGAAGUGCAGCAGCAGCAGCAACGGACACAUCGGAGCCGCCGAAGACGCAACGUAGUAUAUCUAUACCUAUACAUUUCAAGUCAGACAGCGGCGUGUUGCGCUGCUGCUUCGAUUACGCUACUUACUACACAGGCAGCAGAGCUCAGUGUGUCUUACUACUGCGGCAGCGAGUGCGUGUCAGUCUUAGUGCUCUAUCGUCUGUGUGCUGUGUGCAUAUCAUUUGUUAUAGUUAAUAAUAUAAUUCGUUCUCAUGGAGAAAAGACACGAUUCGAACGCGGAGUAGCGCAAAAAAUAUGGCUGCCUCCAAACUAUUACUGAUGUACAGAUUCAAAAGCAACAACGGUAGACAUGUUCUAAUGGAGGUUUUACCAUGAAGGACCAUUCAUGGUCUUUUCAAUUGCCGAGUUAAUGUGAAAAAAUUGCCAACACCAUGAGUAUGAAUAGCUGCUCAAUGGAUAGUAAGCGCUCCUUUGGAGGGAGUCGCAAAAAUUCAAUAUCAUUGGAUAAACCUUUACAAAUGGAGAGCAGCAGCGGCAGUACAGUAAGCAAUAAGCUACAACACAAAAAACAGCGUCAGAAGUCCAGGCUCAAGCCGCCAGUAUCAAAACCACCGAAUGCCAUCCAGAAACCACCUGCAGGUCCCAAGAUAAAACGACAGAUUAUAAAUAAAUUUCAACAGAGUGUGCAUCUAGAUAAUAAUAGAGUGUGUGUUGUGAUACUCAAAAGGUUAGAAAUUAAGAAAAGAAAAGAUAGUUGUACAGGAGUAAUUGAUGCUAAACUAGAAGAUGCCCUCAAUAUAAGCGACAGUAAGGAAAUUAAUGAUAUGGAAAUAAGAAAUAAAACCCUUGAAGAGCCAAAGGUAUCUACAGUUUCAGAUGUAUCAUUAUUAUCAAAAAAUUCUGAUCCAAAGAUAACAAAAUAUCAAGCUGUUGUAAGGGUUGAAAGGUGUAAAUUGAGCAACUAUAUUAUUACUCAAAAAUCACAAGUAAAUAGAAAUCGAAAAUUUUCUAUGAGUCAAGGUCAUGAUAAAUCAGAAACAUUUAGCAAUAAUGAAUCUUUGAAUAAAAAUAUUCAAGGUGAGCUUUGCUCAAAAAGUGGUAGCCAUAAUGAAAGAAGAACACGCAGUGUAGAAAAAUUCAACUCAUGCAACAAGGAAAUCCGAAAUGAACGUUCUAUAAGUGUAUCAGAACAUGUGAUGAAUACAAACAUUUUAAAUAAUGGUGAAGUGAAUUGUGGUGAUGUAGAUACCAAAAAACUUAAGAAUAAUAUAGAAAGUGUUAAUAACUGCAGUGUUUUAUCUACAAAUGUGAGUGUUUCUAAAAAUUUUGAUACAAAUAAUGAAGAAUCAAAAACAGAGUGCCCACAUAGUGAUAAGAAAAUAAACAAUAGUAAGCCUUUUGAUAAAAAUAACCGUUUACUAAAUAGUUGUAUUAGUGGUAACCGAACAACUAGACAAACUAUUCUAAAUAACAAAACAAAUAUAGAUGAUCAGUCAACAGUAAGUUCUUUAAAUUCAAGUGUUUCUAAUGAACCAGAAAAACAAACUACACUUAAUGUUAUAGCUAAUAAAGUUCAAAGAUUUAAAAAAUUUAUACAAAAAAAAUUUAAACAAGAUGACCAAAAGGAAAAAUGUGACACUUUUCAUAAUUCUGAUUGUAGUCAAAAUUUAGAAAUUAAAGAGCAGGUAGACAACACAACCGAUGGUUCCUUAAAGAAUAUUUCUUUAGAACAAAUUGAUAAUGCUAAAUCUUCAACCAUCAAUGAAAAUCAUCGUCCACAAGCUGAUUCUUGUCAAGACAAUAGUGAUGAGAAACAACAGGUUACUUUAAAGAUAUUUGAUCCUUCAUUAAAUGUCCCUGCACUUUUGACAAAUAUUCAUAGUGAAAUAGAGGAAUCUAAAGGCGAUGAAAGUGCUACUGAUAACUUUCUGUCUGAUUCAAUUAAUGAAAAAGAAUCUGAAGAAAGUAGUGCAGUAAUAGUUGAAAAUAAAAUUAUCACAAGACGUCAUUCUGCAGAAAUUAUUAAUAACCAGCAAGAAAAAAGUUCUGAAAUUGGUGUCUCUGAAAAUGUUGUCAAAGACAACAGCUUUACCAAAGACGAUAAAAUAGAUAAUUUAUCUGAAUCAAAUGGAGAUUUAGCUAAAAGUGAUUGUAAGAUUUUUGCAGAUGAUAGUUUACCUAAUGAUAGCAUUGAAAAAAUGAAAAUUGUCACAGAACAACAAAUAGUUCCACUGGUAAAAAAUAUUGAGACUGCUGAGCCAAAAAUCUCUCCUAAGAAGCGAGGAAGGCCUCCUCGUUUGAAUAAUGUAGCAAAUACAUUAAAAAUUAAUAUCAAAUCUGGAGACAAUGAAAUCAUAAAAACUUUUGAAAAAAAUGCAAUUGAAAAUGAUAGAACUGAGAGCAUUACUGAAAACAAUGAAGCAAACAAAAGUACCAGUGUAAAUACCAGUGAAAAUAUUGUUAAAGUUGUUAAAAAGCGGGGCAGACCACCUUCUCUUCAUAAACUUAAAUUAUUGAAUAACACGCUCAAUAAAAGUUCAGAUGAUUCUGUCACACCUAAGAAAAGAGGUAGAAAGAAGAAGAUUUUUGCUUCAAGCGACCUGGACAAUUCUCGCAAAUCAGAGAGUGAAAACGAGUCAUUAAUUAACAAAAAUUCAAAUGCUCUACCGAUUGGGGUGGACACAGACAAACCAAAACGUCGAGGAAGAAAACCCAAACAUUUACUUGAGUAUGAAUCUUCGCAUUUGUCUGAUUCAACGUCCACAGAACAAGCCGAAGAUACAGAGCCAGAAAAAGUCGUGAAAAAGAAACGAGGUCGUAAGCCAUGGAAACAUCUAAUCUCUAAAAACAAUGAUGAUAGAAUUAACACAAUUAAACCCAAUGGUAUUAGAAAAAUAAAGAAUGGAUUUGUCGUGAAAAAAUUGCAAAAUCAUCUCAAGUUGGUCAACGGGGUUGUUUUUCCAAAACGAAGAGGCCGUAAACCUCAGUGGCUGAAAGAUCAAGAGGCUCGGCUGAGAGAACUGCAAGAAACAAAUAAAGCUCCCAGUGCCGAUGAUAGUAAAACACGCUACGUCGGUGAAGCUCCACAGCUUCAAGCUCUACCGGAAAAAGGUAUCAAAAAGCUGAAGCAACUGAAAAAUUUGAAAUUAUCAAAGUACAACAAAAUUUACAAAAACAAGUUGGUGCCUAUCGCCGAUAACGUUAACAUCGUGAAGAGGAAACGAGGCCGGCCUCCGAAAAAUCCUAGACCACCAUCACCUCCAUCAGCACCACCAGCACCCAUUAUUCUUGCUCCCGGGGAACGACCGGUCCUGAAAUUGCCGCCGUAUCUUCAAAAGCUCGCGGACUACAGAGACAGACAGCUGAAAAAGCAGGAGCAGCAGCGCGAACGCGAGCGCGCCAAAUUGGCGAAGAAGCAGAAAAAGAUCGCGGACAGUCGUCCCGAAGGUGCCUUCGAGAGCGCCUUUCUCAAUUUUCUCCGUACCCAGCGCGAGGAGCGCGAGGACGACGACGAGAGCGACGAUGACAGCGACGACGACAGUGAUGCGACAGCCAACAGUCAACAAUCGCACAGAUUCAGAGCAAACGGUCGUCGCUACGACACGGACGACAUGAUCAACAACGACGUGUCCGAGUGCGUCGAGGAUCUCGUGACGACCGUGGCCGGAGAUCAAGCCGAGAUGGCCAGGAGGCAGGAUCGCAUCAACAAGAUCACGUUCCCCUCGGAGAUCGUGACGAGUACCCACGUAUCUGACAUCUUCGCCGAGACGGCGAUAAUCUUGGAAAAGAUGGGCCCGGACACGAGCGAGUCGAUGACCAACAGCGAGGAUUCGGCAUCACAGGAGGUCGUCAAGGAUCGUCAUCACAAACUGUUGCUCGGCCUCAAGAAGAAGUGCGAGGAGAAUCUUACCAAGCGUCAAGAGCAGGACGACGCUUACAACUCGGGCAUGUCCGACGACACGGAUAGCGAUCAGAAUCUUGCCGAUCGCUUGACGACGUUGGGCCAGGAAGACGGCGUGGAUGCCGUGAGCCCUCUAGUCCAAGAUCACGAGCGCAAUUUCGACGACAAACUGUCGAAAUCGGCCGAUCUCAGCAAACUCCGCGAGCAUCGUAUCGUCAUGAGGAUCUCGAGGACGUCCGACAACAUGCACAUAAUCGCGCCGAGCAAUAUCUCGCUCAUGCCGAUGCGCGACGAAAUCGAGGCGGACGAGGAGGAAGAAAAUCUGAUAGCGAUCGAUCCGUCCCAGCUGUAUCCGGAUCAGUUGCCACCCACGGCCAACGGAGAUCUGAAUAAGUUCAUGGGCAACGAUCUGAACAGCGUGCAGCCCCUGAAGGAGGUGAAAAUUACCCCGAAGGGAUCGGAUCAUGGUUACGGCAGCUCGAAUCGCGUGCCCAGCGAGUCGCCCGCGAGCUCGUCGGGCGGCAACAGCAGCACCAGGCUGGCCGACGUCGACGAGUCGCUCAAACCAAGGAAGCGCGGCAGACCAAGGAAGUAUCCGAUCUUCACCGAAUCCGAGCUCAUGGCCAAGCAGAUGGCAGCAGCCGCGUCGUCGACCAUGAGCUCCACAACCGUCGUCAGCCAACAGCAACAAGUCCCUCCGCAACAUCUGCAACAACAGCAGCAGCAGCAACAACAGCCAACGCUCAUCGGACCAGCGCAAAUAGUCUUCACCGUGAGUCCAGCGCCGAAUACCUCGGAUCCACCACCGUUAGUGCCAAUCGAGUCCAGUGCGCAGAUUUUGUUCAACGGCGCGCCGAGGCUGCCGUCGCCUGGGCGAGAUCAGCCGCUCUUCGAGCCCGUCGAGUCCAUAGUAGUUCAGCCAAAGUCGACGAAAAUUUCCAGCACCACCACAGAAGCCUUGAAAGCUUUUCGCAAGCGCAAGCGCGAGGAUCCGACUGCCGCCGCAACAUCGACCACGACGACGUCAACGUCCGCGUCCUCCGCAACGACGUCGAGUAGUAAUCCAAAUGUGCCUUCUAUCCUUGCCGAGUUCGUGAAAACGAGACAAAAUGCCUUGGCCAAUGAAAUGUCUGCCAACGAACGGAUGAACGGUGAACUGCACACAGCGACUUUCGAUCAGCAAGCCGAUAAGAGGCGUCGAUUGUCCGAGGGUUCCGAGGACAGUAACAAGUACGGCAUUACCAAGGAGUUGGUAGUCCAGCUGAGAAAAAUCGACGAGACCGACCAGUUGCAACAAGCCGCGGUCGUCGCACCGCAACCACGACCAAAGGCUAAACCUCGUAUUCUGCACGAGGAGUAUUACAAACCACCAUUGGACCAUUGCAAGCUAGCAUUGGAGCACAACAAUAAUCACAGAAAGAACGGACAGAAUUCGAACGUUGUUUUGUCUCACGCUCUGCCAAUAAAUCCUCAAUUAUUGAGCUCCGAAAGUCCGCAAGCUCAAGCGAUGUCAGCGGCGAAAGCUUCGGCUCAGCCGUUACUGAUGGUCGUGCCACCCACUCAGUCAGCUCAGCAGCAACAGGUGGCCGCACCGGUCCAGGCUACGGCCCAAGUUCAAGCUCAAGCCCAAGGGCUACCGCCGCCGCAACAGUUCUGCAUACUGUUCAUUCCCGACACCAUGUACAAUUCCGAGACGAGCUUGAGCAAGGACGCGCAGCCCACGGCUACUCUGGUGAACUUUCAGCCGGUGCCCGACGCCGAGAUGCCCACUGCCAAUAAGCAACAGCUGAUCUUCAAUUCGCCAACGCCGACGACGCCGACCAUAGGUAUGAACGGCUUCAUCAAUUCCGCGCCGACGAAAGUGGCAAAGUCAUUGGAACAGACAACGUCGCCGACGAAAGGUUCGUACACGUGCAAUAUCUGCGUCGAGCUCGUGGAAGUUCUGAGCCGAUUAGAGAGCGAUCUUAGCAUGGAGGAAGACAAGACCAACAUUUGCUGUCCGUACUGCUCGAUCACGUGCCAUCCGAUGAUUCGCAUGGAGCACCAUCUCACGCAGGAGCACCUGAGGUGCGAGAACGACCAGCAGUGCCAGUACUCGAUCGGCAGUCGGGCGCGCAUGGCCCAGCACAACCUGUCGCCCGAUCGCACGACGUACUUCCAGGCGUCGCUCAAGUGCCGCAGCUGCUACCUCGUCCACGGCAGCGUGCAGGAGUUAAACGAGCACGUCAAGCAGAAGCACAAGAUCCUCGUGCGCUUCAACAACGGAUUCAAUCGUCAUCUGCUGAUGCAGUGUCCGGCCGACUGCGUGUGCCGAGUGGGCUUGCGACAGGGCGCCAGUUCGCAGCAGCGCCAGGCCAUGAUCAAGCGCUGUCCCAACGCGAUGCGUCGCCUCGAGAAGGUCGAAUCGGCCGGCUACGAGGUAUACUCCUGCACGAUCUGUCAAAACACGUACAUGCACAAGAUGGAGGUGAUCGAGCACCUGCAGACCACCCACACCGUGGCCUGCAAGUUUACGUGCCCGAGGUGCCUCUUCUGCUUCCGUACUCGCCACCUGCUCGACGUUCAUCAGUGCUGCGGCAUCACCAUAGCCGGCAAGGAGAAGCUCCUGAACGUGGCCAUUCUGCCGGUCAACGUUGCUGCCGCCGUGCAAGAGCAGGACAAAGAGCUGGAACAGCUGCAGGCCGCCGCCGCUGCGGCCGCGGCCGCUUCCUCGGGUAAGAACGGCAUGCGACGUCGCAAUGGCGUCAAUGGCCAAGUGCUCGAAGCCGCCAAACGACCGAAGAUCAUCAACAUGAUCGGUGGCAAGCAUCGAAAGCGCGCCUGUCCCAAGUGCCAGAAGCGCAUCGCGUACAGAAAGAGCCUGCACGAUCACAUCGCCGACCAUCUGGCGCACGUCGAAAAGGGACCGCGAUUACUGGCUCUCGAGCUGCUUAAGAUGUACAUCGACGGCCUGACCGACAUGCCAAGGCUGGAGGAGCUGAGAAAGAUGCUGAUGGGACAUUACGACAACGACGGUAUGUCCCUCGUCGAGAUAGUUACCAUUGAAGAAGAAGAACUCACGCCGGAGGAGAAGAUUGCACUUGAGAGGGAGGAGGCGCGAGAGGCAGCGGCCGUCGCCAAUAUUCAGUCGGGACGAGAAGAGACAGUCGAGUGCUCGAAGUGUAGAUCAAACUUCAAACGACCCGUGUCGAUCGAUCCUUACAUUCGCUCAUCAUUGAGACAGUUACCGGACCCUCUCUGUGAGGUAUGUGAUCCACUACCAAAAACUCGAGGUCGCAAGGCAGCGGCGUUGAACUCAUCGCAGCAACAGCAGCAUCAGUCGUUGAGCAAUUCUCCAACAACUACGGACAACGGACCCUACGCGUGCGGUGGCUGCACGGAACAAUUCACGAGCGCGACUGACAUGGAGGCGCACUGUCGCCUCACCUUCCACUCGACCGCCCACACCAUCUACGUCUGCGAGCAGUGCAAGCGUUGCUUCUCGACGAGCGAAACGUUGGAGUUGCACAAAGCCAGCCACGAGACGACGGAGACCAGCUCGUCCGAGAUCAUCGCUGCCGUCGAGAGUAUCGCCGAUCACGAGGACCAAAGCGCCGCCUCGGUCUCGCUCAACAGAGAGGACUCUCUCAACGAUUUGAGCAAAUUGCAGGAUCUGUCGGACAAUCGGGAGUCGCAAGAGGAGGAUUUUAAAUUGCUCGAGUGUUUCAUCUGUCACGAGCUUUGCUCGUCCUCAGUCAGCUUGAAGAAUCACCUGAAACGCGAGCACGGCCGGAAAGCUUUCAUCUGUUUGUGCUGCAAUGAACUGAUCGUCGAUGUCACCGAAAUACGUCACAUGAUAGACGCGCACAUAAAAUCUAAUUUUAAAUCACACUUAAUGUUUGACGACAAGACUGAAGAACAAGCGCAACAGCAGUUAGAAGCUCAACUCCUCAGUAACGUUACAUCCGAGGAAGAAGUCACGCUCAAAGAUGUCGAAGAACUUGUGCAGUUGCUGGGCAAAGAGCGAUUACAAUCUCUCAUGGUUUAUCAUGAUUUCGAGGGAAAAUCCUGUAACGCAGUGAUGUGCUGUCACAUUUGUCCAAAUUACUUGGCCAGUCGCGAUACUUGCCGUUAUCACUACGUCUGGGAGCACGAUAUCACCUGUCUCCUAUGUGACGAAGAAUUCCGAUUAAAAGAGAGCGGUUAUCAACACAAAGUUACGAAGCACACAUCCAUCUCCGGCUACUUGUGGUGCAUUCAGCGUCUAUGUUCGUCCAUCAUCACGGGACUAAAUCUCGAUCCAUCGCUACCUUCACAUUCCCUGGCUCAGAUGGUAUUGUCUAAAGUCAACUUCAUGGACAUCAACGCACCAUUUUCGGAAAUAAAUUUGUUACCCACAACGAUGGACCUCACUAGUGAUAAAUCCGACACAGUCAGCGAAUCUCUGGUGGUUCUCAGCGAAGACCAACUUCCCGAUUCUGGUAACGUCAUCGAAGUCACUGUAGGUAGAGAUGAAUCGGACGAUGAAUUGUUAAACAUGCUCAGUCUAUCGCCGAACUACGAGACCUGUACAAACAAUCGAGGAAUCGAAAAUCCUAUGGUUGAUCAAAUCCAAGCGACGCCACCUCAGACUCCAAUACCUUCCGCACAAGUUCCCAGCAGUCCUCUAGUCGAUACGUAUCUGUCUACGGGGGUCUGCAAGUACAAACCCGCGAAUGGAACGGGCGAAGAAUCCGAAGUGCUUGUCGUUACCGAUGAAGAUCUUGUAAAAUACAAAAACGACAUCGACGCUUUAUGCUCGAGAAUAUGCAAUGAGCACGCAACCUUUGGGUGGCUCGAGACCAGAGAAUUGCUGACUAAAUAUUUCCGUGAGAAAGAACGAGAAACUUUGGCAAAGCUCGCAGCGCCAAUCGACAGCACAAAUAACAUUAUUACUGAAUCUUCAGAUAGUCUUACUGAGACUGACCAAGUCUUGACGAUAAACAACAAAGUUAUUCGAUAAGUGUUUAGAUUUAUAUAAAAAAGAGAUACUUUACUGAAAAAUUCGAGGCAUAGUCUUUCUGUAUAGUGCAAGAAAUUAGUGUACAAACCUUAAGAAAAAUGUGUAUUAAAAGACAUGCUCGAGUCCUGUAUAUUGUAUGAAUUCUUCAUUAUUUAUAAUGUAAUUUUAAUGUAAAAUGAAUAAGUAGAAAAUAGUUAUCAAAUCAACAGUGAUAAUGGUUGACGAUACCCAAACUCUGUACCAACCCGCAAACAUAUUUCUAUUUAAAUAAAAUAAAGAAAUAUAAGUAUUAUAUGCGUUGAUACAUAUAAUUACGUUUAUGAAAAAUGUAUAAUAGUCAUUUCUAUAUUGGUAUCAUUAAAUAUGUUUGUUCAACAGAGCGCAUAUAAAGAAAACAACUGCAAAUUAUUAAAUACGAUGAAAGUUAUACAUUUUUGUUUUUUUUGUACUUUUAUGAUUAAAUUUACAUGAAAAUUAUUUUUCACACACUUGGGCAGUUAACUUAUUGAUCAUGAUCUCGUUGACCCAGUAGAUUUUUAAAGGUCGGGGUCGUAAUUUAAUAUUAUAAAAAAAAAGAAAGAAAAAAGGAAAAUAAUACAGUCGAAGGUUCAUUGUUUUUUUAUGUAAAAUGUGAUUACUUUGGACACGAGUAUAGUUAUUAUUUAAGGAUGAAAAUCGAAAUAUAUCGUUUAAAGUUGAUGCAAUGAUGAACAAAGUGAUGUAAAGUAGUAAUAAGAAAUUACCGCAGAGCCAUGACCAGCGUAACUUUGACUCGAAUAUAAAUGAAAAGUAACGCUAGUCCUUAGCUAAAUUUAAACUUUCGACUGUGUAAAAGCGUAUUUCUUAUAAACCUUACUAACUAUUUGGCUUGUAAAAUAUGCUUAAUAUUAUAAUGAAUAUUAUGUAUUUGAGAAAGUAAAUUGCAUGUUUUAUACGAUCCGAUAAUGUCAUAUAUUGUAUUUACUGUAUUUAAAAUUUAAUAUAAGAGAGUCUAAUCGAGGCCAAGAUUUUAAUAAGAUGAAUCUCCGCGACUUUAUACAUAUUGGUUGGUUGUGGUUAAUUAAAUCACAAUGAUAACCAAAGCUCAUAGUCAAACAACUAUAAGGCAUUUGAUUAUCAUUUUAAGAAAAUUAAUACAAAAGUAUAUUGUAUUUUAUAAAUAUGUAUAGAAUCGUUGGAUCUUGUAAAAUGAUUGUAGUUUACUUGUUUUAAUUGCAUAUAAAAGUUAGCCUUGACUGAAAACUCAAUUGAAACAAUUUAAAUUGUUUGUCUAGUGUAUUUUAAGGAAAAAAUUGUUAUUAAAAAGUUUACUCUAAGUGAAAAGAGAAACAUUUCAUUUGAUUCUUCAGAUAGGCCAACAAGUCAGUAUUUACUUUUCUUUACUUUUUAUAAUUUAGUUUCUUAUCUUCUUUUUAUCUCAGUUGGUUAUUUAUUUAUUGUUUUGUUUUGAUUAUUAAUAGAUAGAUAUACAUAUGAAAAGGCUAAGUUAAUUUUUAUUUGAAUCAAAAUUUAUUCUUUGCUCAAACAAAGAAGCUUUUGCUACAUGAAAUAAUGAAUAAAAGUCAUCAGAGAAUCAUUUCAUUUGAUUUGCAAUAUUUUAUUCGAGAUCUAUCAAUACAAAAAAAAUUAUUAAAAUUAAUGUGAUCAGUUAAGCUAUGUAAA